AUGAUUAUUGAUAGAUUCUGGGCCGAGCUAUUUCGGCUUUCAUCCGAUCGAACCCAAUGGAAUAUCCUCUAUCCAUCAUUGCUAUCCAUUACGGUUGCUGAGAUGCUAUCCCGGAAACAUGAUGUCAAUUGUAAAACUAUUCGAUUGCUUGUCAAAAAUGAAUCCGGAAUUGUUAAAGAGCAAAUUCUUGAUGCAUACUUAAUUAAUAAAAAUAGAGAAGCAAUUAACGAAUUCGAUAAUAAACCUUAA